UGGAGAAUCAACAUUUUUUGUGUACAUGGUCAAUAUUAACAUUUUGUGUACAUGGUCAAUAUCGCAUCCCACGCGCCUGGGUCGGCCCAUGUCGCGAUAGCAGCGCCCUUCUCUUUCUCUCCCUCUCUCAAAGAAAAAGCAGCGCCCUUCUCUGAAGGAAAAUCCCGCUCCCAAACAAAAGAAAUUCCCCUCCCCCUGUUCGUCCACCUCGAGCCACCGUUCCCCUCCCCUCCACGGAAAAACGAAGCUCCCCGUCGGAUAGUUGCUCUCCCGGCGGCCGGGUCUGCCCCCAAAUCGAAGUCCGGCUGACCGCUGCUUCAUCCUCUUGGAGAGGAUGGACGGCGACCUGACGGAGGGGCUCCUCCGCAAGAGCUCCGGCAAGCGCCCGGAGUCUCCCCCUCCGCUAUCGCCGUCUUCGCUGGACAUUUUCGAGGACCCUACCGACUCCCGCGACUCCAGCACCAGCGGGGCCGCGACGAACCGGGCGCCCCUCCGCGACGAGUGCAAGAACCACCAAGAAGUGGUGGCGUCAUCCUCUGAGGCCAGCGAAGGCGAGCAAGGGACGGUAUCUACCGGCGAGGAAGAGGAUAAGGAGGCGGCGGCACUCCUUGCUCGCUGGGAAGCGGUGGCGGCGGCAUCCGCUGCUCGCUUGGCGGCGGCGGCGGCGGCAUCUGCUGCUCGCCGGGAGGCGAGGAGGGGCUUCUUUUUCGGCGGGGGGAGCGCGGGAGGUGGCUCGAGCGGCAGGGCCGAGCACCUGAUCCGCAUCCCUCCGCCGGGAGCGGCGGGCCUGAUCCACCGCGCUGAACACCUGUCCAACUCCUGGAGGACGGACCCUAUCCUCGCCGGCCCUUCGACGGAUCUGACGGUCGCGCUGCGGGCGUUCGCCGCCGCACCAGAUGCGACAACAGCGGCCAGACUCGAGCGGGCGGCUGCGGCGUUGGACAGUGUUGCAUCAAGCAACACGGAGGAUGGUGCUGUCGCCAAGCAGCUGGCCAACGAAGCGGCGGCACUGGCGGCCGGCUGGCGGGGAGACGGCCCGACGGGGCAGGGGUCGAGCGCCUUCGAAACGGCGGCCGGUCAGCGGGGACCCGAGGCGCCAGCAGCUUCCCAUUCCACUGAAUUCUUGCUGUGCGCUGCUAUCUCGGGCUCACUGGCCCUUCUCCCCUAUUUGCCUACGCAAGUCCCCAAGAAGUCCAGGCGCGUCUUCGCCGUUCUAUUUGGCAUCGCGUUCUUCCUCGCGUCAGUAGGUGCGAUGCUCCUCGCCGCACCAGUCCCCAAGAAGACGGCCAACAUCAUGGCAAGAGUUUCUUUUGCAACAUUCACAGUUUUGGUUGUGGCCUUUGUUGGGUUUGCUCUAGGAGGAGGUACAUAUAGUUGAUAGGUAUGUAGUGUCUUAGAUACCGGUGUACUGUGAAUUUGAAGUAUGCCGACUUUUGAGAAAUGUCAUAUCAUGGAUUAUUGGUGUGCUGUGAAUUUGAAGUAUGCCGACUUUUGAGAAAUGUCAUAUCAUGGAUUAUUGGUGUGCUGUGAA